AUGGCCGAUGUCGAGCCAAGCAGCCCCAGUGCUGCCAACUUUGCGGAAACGCUGCAGUACCGCGCGACACAGUCCCGCAGAGCACGACCGCCCGCCGUUGAACCCGCCACCGCAGAUUCGUCGAACCGCGUUCCUUUGCGCUCAGAAAACAGGCUUAGCAGACGUGAUUCAAGACUGGGACUAAGGAGCAUCUUUGGCAGGGCAAAGGCUGCCCGUGAAAUCGACCCCUCGGCCUCGUAUUUCGACACGGGCAGACCCAACAGCAUCCGCGCCUCGCUGGCGGAAAUCAGCAACUGGCCGUACAUGCGGUCCGAACUCGCCAUACCUGGCGCCAGCUCAUCACGACCGACGUCCGUCGCCAACAACAACGUGCCUUUCAACGACGCCUCCCUCCAGGGACGGCCCAGCACCACCGAAAGAACCAAGCCACAACACGCCCCCGCGAAAUCAUCUCGCGGCAACCUCGCGACCUGGGACCCUCCACCACUGUUCCAGGCAUACCCCCAAGCCAUCAAACACGCCCAGCUGCCCACGGCCACGACGUCCGCCGAUGUCAUCCUCCGCCUCACCGACCGCAAGGGCAGCGUCAGCAUCCGAGAGGACCUGACGCACCUCGCCCUUACCCCGGAGCUUGCUGAUGAGCAGCUCGCCGACAGGGCCGUCGAGAGGGCGCGGAAGAAGCACCUGCGAACGCUUUCCACGGUGAGGCUUGAGUGGACAUCCAAGAUUUACGUCCUCUGCACAUCCGGGUACCUGUUGCAGUACAAUGGCGACGGAAACUUUGAUCGACUCCCGGAGAAGGUGCUGCACCUCAGCAAAGACUCGGCCGCGUUCGUCAGCGACGCGAUUCCCGGCAAGCACUGGGUUCUCCAAGUGUCUUCGGCCAUGGAGUCCAACGGUGUUUCUUCGACGGACUCGCGAGGAUUGCUGUCCCGGCUGCCUUUCCGCGCCGCCGACAAGCGACACGCCGCCAACUUCCUCAUGGUAUUCGACAGCGCUGAGGAGAUGGAGUCCUGGAUCGCAAUUUUGCGCCGGGAAAUCGAGUCGCUCGGCGGGAAGAAGACCCUCUCGGAGACGGGCAGGCCCAAGGCGGAUCCCAAGAUUGUACAGCUUCGUGGGCAGCCAAGUCAGAGGACCCUGGUUGUACGCGACCCGGAUAGAUUCUCGCGAGCGCUUCCCCCAGACUUUUCUCUGCAGUUGGAGCAGGCCAGACUGCACCAGGACGACCGCCGCCAGUCCGUCGUGGAUGCCGACGUGACGCGCGACCCCUCCAUCGACGACAUCUCCACGACCAACAGUAUUAUUUCUCACGAUGGCCGGCAGCUCGAGAGCCUGCGUGACAGCACCAACCGGCUGUCGUACAUCUCGUCCGGCCAACGUACCUUUCUCACGUCGGCCGGCUCGUCACCCGCAUGCUCCCCCGUGCGUGACAGCUUUGCCAGCAGCCACCUCGACGAGCUUCCUCCUGCAGAGCAAGACGUGCCCGCCGCCAGACCCAGGCCCAACGCCGCGGCCAUCCUCGAUCGCAGACAGUCCCUGCAGACGUCGGGCUACCUGGAAUUGCGCGGGUCCCCCAUGUCGCGACCCCAGUCGACGUUUACCGAGGCCGACUUUGCGCAUGUGGCCGCAAACUUUAGCGUUCCUAUGAGCAGGCGCUACAGCGCUGUCAAGAGCCCUCCGUCGAGCCCCGAGCAGACGAGGAGCAAUCGCGACUCCAUCUCCAGGAUCGCCCGCAAGCCCCCACCAACGGCACUCGCCAUGGCUCGCCCGCUGUCGAUCGUGGCGGAUCAGCCGUCACCGGCGUCUCCGGCGCAGGGCCUAGAAAUCUCGCAGGUGUGCGAAGAAGAGCGGGAGCGUCCGAAUCCGAACCGUGAUAGCUUGUCAGGGUUCCCUCCCCGGCAAACAAGCUUUUGUCCAAAGGAGCGAGCCGUCACGGUCACCUUCCGCACCAGCCCACGGAAGUACGCCAGCUCGCCGUCUCUGAACCAGCUGGAAGGGUCGCCUUCGUCGCCGGGACUCCGGACUUUUAUACUCCCCUCAAAGACGCCAUCCCCGGCCUCGUCAAGCGGAGCAUCUCACACGUCUCCUCGCCCCCAGUCGUCGUUUCUGCUUCAGUCUCCUGCUCAGCGAGCCACCCAGAGACUCAGCGCCUUCUCCGUCAUGAGCUAUUCGCCCCGCAGCGAAGAUGCAGCCACUGGGCUUCCCAGGCUCCCCGAGUCGGCUUCCGUGUCACCAAAAACCGUGCCCCGAUCAUCGCCCCGGGCGCCGACAACGCCUCCCACACCGUCGAGCAAGCAGCUUCGAGCGGACCACUCCAGAGUCGUCUUGGGCCGACGCAGCAUGCCUCAGCUCGUCGAAGGACCUCCGCCGGCACCGCCGCCAAGCUGCGCGCUGCCGCCUAUUCCCCGGAAGGCACGCUCCAAAGCGUAG